AUGGCAGCACCCGGUGCUUCUUCAGUGAGCUCGUCGUUUGCGACGUUGCUCAAGCAGUCGAAAUUUGCAACAUACUCGCCCGCAAUCGCCCAAGUAUACACAACACAUGGAGGACAUGCACAUAGAGGAGACUGGGGCGUUAAAAGGCCGCUAUCCGUCCGCCAACGCGGCAAAACGCUCCUCAUCCAAUCCAUCGACUCGCCCGAACAGCAGACGGAAUUCCGCAGCGCAGCACCAGAAGAAAAAUUUGUCAAGCGCUGGGAAGAGACGGGGGUGGACAUUGGUCCUACGUCGACGUUGCAUACGCGUGCUUGGUCGUCUCAUUUCGCCAACCGGCCCAAGAAUGAUGCUAUGAUCGACUCGGAGUUUGCCAACUAUAAUUCUACGCGUCACACAAACCCCAUUGCGGGUCCAGCGGGUGAAAAUCACGCGCUGGCGGUUCAGGUCGCGCCUUCGACACAGGCGAGACCAGAGUACUUGAAGAUGAACAAAAAGGAGUUUGAGAGGUACCUAGAGAGAUUGCGGCGGCUGCGUCCUCUGUUCAGAAAGUACCUCGAGAAGCAGUGGGCACAGCAAGACUCGAGCGAACAAGAGACGCCGUAUCUAUACAAGAUACGAAAGGAGCAUGAAACCAUGGCCGCGGAUCGUAUCGACUCGUUUUUGGAUGAGAUGUCGAUGCAGCUGCAUGGCGAUGCAGAGAGUCAGACCCUUGAACCAUAUCCUCAUCGUAACGGCGGUCUGUUCUAUCCAACCACCAACUGGCUCCAAACCUACCUCCUCUACCCACCCGUUCCAUCUCACGUCAUCAGCUCUCGCAGCUUUAAAUCUGUCGAAGCCAAUGCCGUUGGCUUACCCGUCAAGUUGACAAGGGAUUCAGACCCGCUGAGCACGGUGGAUUGGCAAGGCAAGGAUGUCACACAAGGACGCGUCCCUGUUCGCUUUGCAAAGGCCGGUCUAAUUGAGCCACCAAAUGUGGUGGCCAAUCCAUCGGCGCCAGCAUCAAAGCUGUCCUUCUCCGCUCCUCCAGGCUCCGCACUCCGCAAGAACGUUCCGGACCUAACUACGCCACCGUACGCCUAUCUCACUGGCCUGGAAGGUGCCAUGAUAGACGUCGAGGGCGUCACGGUCAAGGAGGUUCAAGGUACCAACAUCUACCGACCAGGCUCAAUGCUUUACUCGACUACACCUCCAACUAAGAGCAUCGGUCUAAAACCACAAAGGACGCCGAUGGGCAACGUGGCUAACAAUAGUCUUACCCGCCCUCAGCGCUUGCAACGGCCCAAGGUGUCUACAGAAUCCACCCUCUCAGUUUUGGACAAGCUCAUUGGGAGAAUACCCUCAGGAUCUGACCCUGAGGACUCGAGGUAG